ACGGGUUGGUCGCGCGACGUCUCGCGGCCUCGAGAGAGAACGAGAGUAGUGGUCUAUCUCGCGGGACGCGCGACUCCUCCGCAAAGUGUCGGCGCGCGGUAUCGCGACUCCGUCGCAUUGAACGCGAAGCCGCCAAGUUGCAGACAAUUGCGAUUAUUAUUCCGGAGGAAAAAAGGCAGGAGACAGUCCGCAGCUGUGACAGGCGGACCACGCGCGCGUGGUGGGCGCGUAUAAUAAGCGAGGCACUUCUGCAUCGGCGUCUUCGCGUACCGGCGAUUCAAAUCGCUCCCGGAGUAAGCCACUGCCGGUCCCGAUGAAGCCCGGUUUCAGUGUGGUGCUCGCACGGAAACGUACCUGACUGUGUACAUGUAAAGAGAGCAGCGACGUUUAACAGCGUUUUAGUUAAGCAUCUCUAAUCGCGUUUGUUCAAAAGUGUCUUUUAUGGUAUAAGAAGUACUUUGUUGAAUUUUUGAUACCACCGAAUGCCUCUGUGUUGAUACACCACACGGUAUCAGUAGACAUUAAGUAUACGCGUAAAUGUUUCUUAUCGAUGUGACUUCUCUUCAGAAUAAAUUACAAAAGUUGAGGUGAUCCCGAGAGAGUCAUUACGCAAUUCCCGAAAGUAACGUAUGUCAUUUCUUGUUUGUAUAAUUUAUUAAUUGUUUCUUUUAUUUAGAAAGUAAUGUAAUAUGUACAUGUAGUGUACCAAGCGUGUGCUUUAAUUAACGAUCCAACUUUCGCACACACACACAUACACGAGAACGGAGGUUUAUAGACGACACUCCAUCUCGGACUUUAUGGAUCGCAACAUUUUGUAUUGAUCAUUUCGUGAUUCGCGGAACUUUCGGAAGUGCGCCGAAAUCGCGCGUAAGUGCGCAACAGAUGAACCACACGAAGAUGCUCGUGAACAUAUUAGGGAAACGUGAACGUGGCUCACAUCCGCGCGGUAAUAACGCGUGUGUGUAUGUGCACACACGAGGCACCGACCGACGCGAAGGCUUAACUGACAUAUAAAUAGCGCGUUUAAAGAGAGCCGGCUAGAACUCUCUCGCGUGUACGUCUUGCGAGCCCAUCAGGAAGGCGCGAGUCGCUUUCCGAGGAGGAUCGCGCGACUGGAGCGGAUCUGGCGAUUGAAGGCGACGCGUGAUCGACGUCAGAGACGGGAUUCGCAAGAAAAGAACAGCCCAUUUCAGAGUGCGUGUAAUUCGUUAAUCGCUUUUUCGGUAUUCGUGACGUCCUCGGUGGUUAAUUCGUAAUGUGAAGAAUAGAAGCAAGUGUAAAGCAAACCGUAGAAUAUCUCCGAUGACAAGCGUGAAAGUUCGACGGAUCCUCGAGGAGCAGCAGGCUAGGUGGCAAGAAAAUGGCCCACGCAGACGCGUAAAGUGCACAUCGGGCACUGCCUGCGUUAACAACUACAGCAUCGUCGCCUCUAGGGGCGAACUCGCUCGAAAUAACCGCGUCGCGAGUGAGACGACGACGACGACCAGCGUCGCUACCAAGAAGCGGACGUCGCCGGUCGUCAACGGGAGACUCCACUCCAAAGAGGAGUCUACACGGAGCGGCAACCUCGUCGCAGAGGAGUCGAAGAAGUCUAAGAACGUGCCGAAGGACUCGACAAGAUCUAGUCUCUCGAGGGGUAUUCAGCGAGGAAUAAUCAAGUCCGCUUCCGUUCCGAAGGACUUAAAGGAAGGUCUUCCAGCGAGGGAGAGAACGCUGCGACGGGUGCCGGAGGAGGGCAUCCUGAAGAGGUCUUCCGCCUUCCUCGCGAGCCUGACGUAUCAUCCCUCCAGCAAACUCGCUGAGAGGAAUUCACCGGACGACGAGUCGGCCAAACUCUUCAGGUCGUCGGCCAUCAACGGCUACGAGCUCCGUGGUUCCUCGUCCACGAGAUACCCCGGUCUGAAGGGAUACUUCUCGUUGCUGUCGAACGGCGACGACGCGGAACCGCGCGGCGUGCGACAAUCGUCCAGCGUUCAGACGUUGUCCACGAGCUGGAAGAAGAAGGGCGUCAGUGUAAAGAAAUCCGUUUCCUUCAGCUCCGAUACUAGCUUCGAGGAGAAACGCGCGCCGUACCGGAAACCUGCCGUCCACGAGGCCAAGAUCUACCGCAAGGGUGUGCUCCAAGACCGCGGGCGUGAAGAGACAAUUAAAUCAAAAGUGCCUCCUUCGUGGGAAACACCCUCCGGGGGCCCUACGGCCCUCCUGAGGGCCGCCAGAGAGGCGGACGACACGGGUCUCAAGGAAAUUGUGGCGCACGCCCGAAAAGUAGGACUGAAAGGCAUGGACGUCAACGUGGUCGAUAGUAGCGGCAGGACGGCCAUAAGCUACAUGGCUGGGAACGGCGCGUCGGCGAUGCUUGAGCUGGCGCUCUCUUUCGAAGGCGUGGACCCGAACCUGCCCGACAACGAGGGUAACACGCCGCUCCAUUUCGCCGCCCAGGCCGGACAGACCGAAUGCCUCAACAUCCUCCUGCAGAGAUGUCCGGACAUCGAGGUGGACGCGAGAAAUACCUUGGGUUUCACCCCGCUCAUGAAAGCCGCCCUUCAAGGUAGAACCAAGUGUGCGAAAAUUCUGCUCUUCGCGGGUGCAAAUCCUACGCUACGUGAUCACGGUAGAGGCUUGAGGGCCGAACAAUGGGCGAGGUUUUGUGGCAGGUACAUGUGCGCCGAAGUGAUCGAGAGAUUCGCGAGGCAUCGUUUGUUGGAGAGAACGACAUCCUGUCGUUGGGGCAGCGAGCCCGAACUGGCCGCGAAAGUUUUACAGGGAAAGGUGACGCCUAUACCUACUGCCCCUCUGCCGCAACCAUCAGGAUUGAAGUCGAAAAUAAGGAAAGUCUUCCGCACCACCUCCAGCCCCGACCGAACCUUCUCGCUUGUGUCGCAGCUCACCAGCGCGGCUCUUUGUGCGAGCAGUCCAGCCUUGCCGAAGCCGUCACCCGUCGUGAAAAGCCUUCUGCGGCCACUGAGCGUACCCCAGUUAAGAGUAACACUAGUCUCGCCGCAGGAUUUCCUGGAGAAGACCUCGGAGAAGUACGGGACGAAUUUUACGGAUAAGAUCGAGAAUUCCAUCCCGAAACCGCCGCGCUCGAAGAAGAAGAGCAAGUAGUCUAGCGUAAUGCUUCCGCGGCCGCGUUUAGUCGUCCGCUUCGCGUUAAACAAUCGUGAAGGAAGAUUAUGCAAGUCUGCUUGACGUAAGGCAGCGCAGACAAGACAAGAGAGUGCUUGUGAUCCGUUCGAGAUCAUAUUUACGUGUUAUCCGAUUCCACUGUUGCCUGUAACCGAUCGAUCGAUCGGAAUCGUCCGGAGUCGCCGAAUCCUUCGAGUAGAGUAGGUUUUCCGUUUUUACCUCGCCAAGAAAUAUUAACGAUGCAUUUCUCUCGGCGGAUAUGCACGAAGAUCAAAGAAAAAAGACCUUCGAUAGCUCGACCGCUCCCGAUAAAUCACAAUUUAGCCAGCUGACGGUGGCUCGAAGUGCCGUCACGUUUACUCGAAAUUGUUUUCGCGGUGUAAAUCGCCGUCACGGACGAAUACAUAAACGUUCGGGACGGUUCGGUCAAAUCUUAUUUUUAGUUCGAGCUUGUGUGAUGGAUCGCGGCGGAGCGGAAUCGAGAGAAGUCGCGCCGAGGGUCGCGUAUCGGGCGAUCGUGAUAGUGGAUAAUUUUCCACCGGAGGAAUUCUUCAUCCCCGCCGCAUCACACCGGUAAAUGGAAUUUCAAUUUUCCCCGGAAAUCGCAAAUGUAUAAUUUAAAGUAUGAGCCCGAAAGCGGAAUUUUACCGGUUUGAAGGAUCGAAGACGAUUGAGCGAGGGAGGGAGCAAGAAAAGAGGGAGAACCGCCGCAUCGCGGGUCUCCCUCUGACUUAUAUUACGCGUUUUACGUACGAGAUUUUAUAUCAAUGCAGUUAUCGUCAGAGAUGGUUGUUUAAAUAAAUGUCUUAUUAAUCAACU